GUAUUUGUCCUAUAUUGUAUUUUAGCACGUAGCUAUCAAACCUAAAAAUAAUUUCCAAGCGAAGGGUAUGUCAAGUCUGAUAACAUUGAAAUUAAAAUAAAUGAUCAGUCAAUACGAUUGGUCCGCGAACUUGAUCCAGUUGUUUGCGAACAGAGAUCGUAAUCGUCACUGUUUGUCCACGCGUCGGAAAGAAGGGAGUGCCCGUAGCGUCUUUUCCCUGCAGUGGAGUUGAACUUGACAGACAACUCCAAUUUUUUAUCACUCCUAAAAAAACUAGACUAGGGGGAAAUAAUGCCUGAUCCCAACAAAACCAGGAUCGUGGGCUCCAACAAAUCCACGCUUCUGAUCGGCUUGGGGCUUAUUCUGGCGGUAAUCUUUUUGAUUGGCAUCAUUGUGGUGUCUGUGGAAUAUUCUAAGUGGGAUUGCGGUGAGGAUGGGUAUGGGUUAGUGUUUGAUGCAGGAUCGUCCCAUUCUUCAAUGGCCGUCUACCAGUGGCCAGGCGAUACGGUCAACGGAACGGGUGUGCUAUCCGAGGCGGCGUUUUACGAUGAGUGUGGUGAAUUGGGCAUCUCUUCCUAUGCUGACAACCCGACCGAGCUGCAACCCGGCUUGAAGAAAUGUCUGGACUCGGCUACGGACGUGGUGCCAGCGAUCAGCGUCGAAGAUACCCCCGUCUAUCUGGCUGCCACUGCUGGCAUGAGGCUGCUGCAUGAAACUGACCCAGACAAGAGUGACACCGUCUUCGCCGCGGUCAGAGAGACUCUGCGUGAGUCCCCAUUCUCCUUCGAGGAUGAGGAGAAGCAAGCCAACAUACUGUCCGGGGAGAGAGAAGGGUACUCCUCCUGGAUCACCGCUAACUACCUCGACCAACACCUCGGAGUGACCCCAGUAUUGGACUCGAUUGCUGAAGCCCUCUGGGGCACACCCAUCCCCCGUCGCCCCACCCUAGGGGCGUUGGACCUUGGUGGGGCUUCCACCCAGAUCACCUUCGUGCCCAAAGACCCCAGCACCGUGCCCGAUGAGUACAAAGCCAAGCUGCGCCUGUACGGGACAGACUACGAGCUGUACACUUACAGCUUCCUGUGCUACGGUGCCAACGAAGCCAGGCGACGACUGGAAGCAAACUUGAUCAAGGAAUCCAAUUUCUCCUCGCCGACCGAAAACCCUUGCGCUGCGAGGAAUCACACGUACACGGUGGACGGUGAGUACCUGUGGAAGGCCCCGUGUAGCACCGGUCCACAGGCCCUGGCAGGCUGGGGGUCCGAAGUCACCCCAGCCCCGGAUGCAAGAGACAAACGAGACACGAUGGAUACCAUGGAGUACGAAAUCAAAGGAACCGGAGACGGGGCCAAGUGCCAAGAGGAGACGUCGAAGCUCUUUGACGUUGAUGCGCCGUGCCCUAAACCGCCGUGUUCCUUCAACGGGAUCCAUUCUCCCGAACCGUACGGUUCAUACAAGGCUCUGAGCGCUUACGCGUACACCAUGGAGGGGAUCGGUGGAUCGGUAGACGCAUCUAAGAGUGACCUGUUGGCGGCAAGAGACGCCUACUGCGCCAAGACUUACGAAGAGCUUGAAGCUCUGCCGGAUAAGAUGAAAUACAAGAUUACCUACUGUUUCCAGGCCACGUAUGUCGCUGCUCUACUUGACGCCUACGGGUUUGAGGACAGUAACUGGAAGCUGGAGUUCAACACCAAGAUCAGUGGUGUCACUUUGGGCUGGGCUCUGGGAUACAUGCUUGACCUGACCAACCGUAUCCCCGUGGAGGCCUCCUGCAUCGGUCUGUCUCCUGGAGUCUUCGGCGCUCUGCUGGUUAUCUUCAUCAUUUGCUUGCUUGUCGGGGUGGUUAUGGUCGUUCUCGGCUGCCGUGAAAAGAAGACGCGCAAGGCAGACGGGAAGGGCGCCUCCAUCUGAUCUGCCCUUCCUCCUUUAAGUUCCCACAUUUUGUUUGCGUUCAAGUAGUUGUAGGCCUACGUUUUAGCGUUUAGACUAGCGAUACUAGUUGCCCCGGUAUUACGGGAGGGGCUACCCUUACAGUCUCAGCAGGUGGUCGUUUCUCCUUCCUCGAAAAGAAAAAAAUGACGAUGAUUGAAAAAAAUGUCAAAACUUGACACCACUUUUCAGAGCAAAUCACCCGAGGUACUUUUUGGUGUGGAUAGAGGGCGAGAGUUGAUUUUUUUAACGUUAAAACCCUCCUA